GUUCUCAUCUGGUUAAACAGGUGGCAUCACUAACCGUGACUGACUGGGAAUCUCCCAAAACCUCAAGCCUCAUCCUCAGACACCUGAUCAGACGUCUGAAGCAUCAAGAAUCAGACUCGAUUGUUUACAUGUUCGCAAUGUACUCGCCGGAAACAGCGUAAGCGAGUUAGAGUGGACACCAUGAGUCGGGAAAACGAGAACAUCAACUGGUACCACGGCAGGCUGUCCAGGGAAGACGCCGAGAACCUUCUCAAAUCGAAUGGAAGUAACAACGGCUUCUUCUUGGUUCGGGACAGCAGCUCGGUCCAGGGCGACUUUGUCCUCACCCUUCUGCACAAUGGCGAAGUUGUCCACUACCAAAUCUUCCGGCACGGACAUGAAGAGGACGCCUUCUACUCUAUUGACUCUCGAACAAUCAUCCACGGACUGGAGCAACUGAUCGAGCACUACCAGGAGGAGGGAAAAUGGCUGGUGACUCCGCUGUCCAAUGAAUUUCUGCCCAAGGACCCGCCUCCUCACUACAGCCGCCGCAAUGGACGCACCAACUUGUUGCACAGGGCCACCAAAGAAGGUGAUUAUCACGUGGUGUCAGAGCUGCUCAAGUGCGGAUACCGAAGCUUGGAGGCGAAAAACGCUGAGGGCCAGACUGCCGUGCACCUGGCCAGCAAACUGGGCAAGAACGAGAUUCUGCAGCGACUGAUCCAAGAAAAUGCGAGCGUCAACUGCCGCGACACUGCCGGAUACACACCUUUGCAUUACGCUGCCCAAGCCAAUUUGCCGCUCACGGUGCGAAUACUCGUCCAGCAGGGCAGGGCCAACGUCCAGGUCAGACACCCUGACACAGGCUGGGUUCCUCUACACGACGCGGCGAGCAGGGGCAACGCGGCGGUGGUGAGCGAGCUGCUGGCGCUGAACGCACCGUCGCGGCCGCGCAGCAACGACGGGCAGACGCCGGCCGAGGUGGCGGCGGCCAACGGCCACAAGCGGUGCGAGUCGCUGCUGCACGAGUACCAGGCGCCGCCGGCGCGCACACAGUCGUCCGACUGGUUCCACGGCCACAUGGAACGCCACGAGGCCGUCUCCAUUCUGCAGCGGCAAGGCCUGCGCGACGGCCAGUACCUCGUGCGCCGCAGCGACCGCCUCACAGGACACGUCCUCUCCAUGGUCCACAUGGGCACGGUCUUCCACUUCCAGAUACGACAGCAGAACAAGCUGUUCUUCAUCGACAACGGGCCGUACCUGGACUCGCUGGAGCACGUGAUCAGCCACUUCAGCACUUUUUCGGACGGACUGCCGAUCGAACUAGGCGAGCCGGUGCGUCCGCCGCCCAAGCCAGCUGUGCCAGAGUUCCCGGCCGUGCUGAAUGGCACCUUGAAGGGCCGCAGGAACAAAGGUCAGCUGUCGGUGGCCUCCGCGUCCACCACCUCGCUGGCCAGUCUCACCACCUCGCUGAGCAGCGUCACCAGCAGGAGGACUCCAUCGCCUGUUCCUCUCGAGCAGGUCACCAACAUCUCGGUUGACUCUAACCACAACCCACUGGCCAUAAUUGGAGAGCACAUUAAGCGAAGUUGCCUGACGCUUGGCGAGGUGCUUGGCGAGGGCGAGUUUGGCUCGGUGCUGCGCGGCACGUACAGCUCGCCAACGACCGGCGCCAAGCUGGAGGUGGCCGUGAAGACCCUGCGCGGCGAUCCGGGCGACACGUCGCGCGAGGACGCGUUCCUACGCGAGGCGCGCCUCAUGGUGCGCCUCUCGCACCCGUGCAUCGUGCGGCUGCUCGGCGUCACCGACGGACACCCGCUGUGGAUGGUGCAGGAGCUGGUGCCGCUCGGCUCGGUGCUCGAUUUCCUGCGCACCACGCCGCAUCUCGUCAGCCCUACCCACGAGAUCAAACUAUGGGCCGCUCAGAUCGCUUCAGGCAUGCACUACCUGGAGAGCGAGCGGUUCGUGCACCGUGACCUGGCCGCCAGGAACAUCCUGCUGGCCUCAAGGCACCAAGCCAAAAUCAGCGACUUCGGAUUGUCGAGGGCGGUCAGCUCCAACGACGACUACCAAUCUUCCGAGGGCGGCAGAUGGCCCAUCAAGUGGUACGCGCCUGAGUCGUACAACUACGGCUCGUUCUCGCACGCCAGCGACGUCUGGAGCUUUGGGGUCACGCUUUGGGAGAUGUACUCGUACGGCAAGCAGCCCUAUGGAGACAAGAGAGGCGCGGAGGUGAUCCAGCUGGUGGAAAAGGGCGAGCGUCUGUCAAAGCCGCCGCGCUGCCCGGACGCGGUGUUCCGGCUGAUGAAGAGCUGCUGGUCGUACCAGCCAUCUGAGCGGCCGUCGUUCGCUGACCUGCUGACCCACUUCACGACCGACGCCACCUACGAAAAUCUCAGCUUCCACCUGCUGGAAAUCGAGGCGUCGGAGCCGGUCGAGGUCUGAUCGCCAGUCUCAAGUGUGUUGUGCCUUAGAAACGGAUUUGAAUCCAGAGACGAAUCAGGUAAUUAGGAGGAGUGCCUGUCCUGCUGUUUGGUGCAUUUACCGCAACGCUGCAUUUUUUUAUUGAUCGAGCUUGCAAUCUGUAUUUUUACAUGUUCGAGAAACACGCCAUUUUAUCUCUGUUACGAAUCGUAAUUUACUUAUGUGAUACCUCCAAACGCCAGCAAUAUAUUAUAUUAUAUGUGUCUGUAUUUCAAAGGAUCUGUU